CACUGCUGUCUGCAGACUGCACGCUCGCUCUCACCAUUUGAGCGCUCCCAUCUCGUCCCUCUCCCACCAUCAGCUAUAAUUCCCUUCAAUUACUCUCUCCCCUUGCUCUCCUCAUCUCUUCGAUCCAUGGCGGACCACGUCGGCCACCACGAUUCCCUGGUCGAUAAGAUCACCGAGAAGAUCCACGGCCACGACGGAUCCUCUUCCUCCUCCUCCUCCGAUUCCGACGAUGACAGCAAGCCUUCCAAGGUCGAUGCCGUCAAAUCCAAGAUUUACCGCCUCUUCGGCAGAGACAAGCCCGUCCACAAGGUCUUGGGCGGCGGCAAACCUGCUGAUGUUCUCCUGUGGAGGAACAAGAAGAUUUCAGGAGCAGUGCUUGGUGUUGCAACUGUGAUCUGGGUUCUGUUUGAAUUGCUUGAGUAUCAUCUCAUCACUCUAGUUUGCCAUUUGUCGAUACUCUCCCUGGCUAUCCUCUUCCUGUGGUCCAAUGCCUCUACCUUCAUUAACAAAUCACCGCCCCAAAUUCCCGAAGUUGUGAUCCCUGAGAAGUGCAUCCUCGAAGUUGCCUCUGCAUUGAGAAUCGAGUUCAACCGUGGGUGCACUGUUCUGCGCGAGAUUGCAUCGGGGAGAGAUCUCAAGAAGUUUGUGAUUGUGAUUGCUGGCUUGUGGUUUAUCUCCAUCAUCGGGGGUUGCUGCAACUUCUUGACCUUGUUCUACAUUGUGUUUGUGUUGCUACACACUCUACCCGUGCUGUACGAGAAAUAUGACGACAAGGUUGAUGCAUUUGCUGAGAAGGCGAUGAUCGAGCUGAAGAAACAGUAUGCAGUUUUCGAAGAGAAGGUGUUGAGUAAAAUUCCUAAAGGGCCAUUGAAGGAUAAGAAGAAGGUUUAGAGAUGAUUGACUAUGGUUCUUUUAAUUGAUUGUGUACUUUCAGGGUUCCCAUUUUUGAGUGGCUUAGUUCUGUUAUGGCCCAAGCUCUAGUGUUCGUUCUGACUUUCAUAUUCCGAGAAGUGUGUGUUAACUUUCCACCUUAUAUCCACUGCAUCGUAUGAAUGCUCCGAAGAAUUUAGAUGGAAUAUCGUAAUCCGUUAAAGAUACGGUGGUGAGCUCUAGAUUACGUUUUAUAGUGCAGAAAUAAAUUGAUAGCGUUUGCAUUAGAGAGAUUCAAUAGAAAGAUGAACAAUCACUGGUACUGAUAGUUUUGUGACAGUAUAUUCUUGCUUUGUAGUAAAGUACUAGCAUUAAAAAGUUUUAUUAUUUCUCCUUUAGCC